AUGGAAAAGGGGAAAAUAACAAUGGAAACAAUGAAAAAGAUGAAAAUUCCGCCCGGAAGUAAAGGACCAGCUACUGCAUUAGUUAAAGUAGCAGUAGUCACAGGUGCAGCUAUCUAUGGCGCUUAUUUGUCAAUCUAUAAUGUACCACCUGGACAUCGUGCUGUUGUCUAUAGUCGUCUUGAUGGUGUUGGCAAACAAGUGAUUGAACAGGGAACACAUUUUCUCAUUCCAUGGCUACAACGUCCACUUAUUAUGGAUGUUCGGACACGUCCACGUACUUAUGCGUCACUUACGGGCACGAAGGAUUUACAGAUGAUUAAUAUUUCUAUCCGUGUCCUCUCGAAACCUGAUCGUGCACGAUUGCAAUGGCUUUAUCAGAAUCUUGGCAUGGAUUUUGAUGAUAAGGUAUUACCUUCGAUUGUUAACGAGGUGACGAAGCAAGUGGUAGCUCAGUUUACAGCUGCUGAGUUGAUCUUUCAACGUGAACAUGUUAGUCGUCUGAUUAUUGAAAACUUGAAGCGUCGUGCUGACCGUUUUGCUAUCAUGUUGGAGGAUGUAUCGAUCAUCCAUUUGACGUUUGGUGCCGAGUACACGGCUGCUAUUGAGGCCAAGCAGGUGGCGCAGCAGGAUGCAGAACGUGCUCGUUUUGUUGUGGAACGUGCUAUCCAGGAGAAGAAAAGCACUGUUAUUCGCGCUCUUGGUGUGUCCAAGUCAGCAGAGCUUGUUGGUGAGGCUAUUAAGAAUAAUCCAGCCUUUGUGCAGUUGCGUCGUCUAGAUGCGGCAAAGGAGAUUGCUACCGUUAUCUCUCGCUCGGCCAAUAAAGUUUACUUGACCUCUGAUUCGCUGCUGCUCAACAUCUUGCAAGACAACGAGCAGACUUCGUUUGGCAAGAAGAAGUAA